ACAACGCCACGAGCCGUCCUCCCCUUGACCGCUAUUAUGCGCAACUUCGAUUUGCAGGAGGAGCUUCAAGGAUAUAAUGACCUCGAGACGUACGACAUUCCAAACGAGAGGGAUGUGUCAGCUUUACGACCGGCGGAGGUGAACCACCUUCUCUCAGAGGCUGUUGAUGACAUCUCGAACAACUCGGAGGCUAUCCUGAACGAUGAUACCUUUGAUAUAUACCGCUCCUUACUCAAGUACACUGGUUCUCUCUCGGGAGACAACGUUUCCAAGCUUCUCGACGCUCUCAUCUCCGGCUUCCAAGCCCAAACCGACGCUGCCAUCCUCGAUGUCGAUAAUGACAAUUCAGAUACAUUUGACAACCACAAGAUCGGCGUCGAGAAGUACGCGUUUCUGUUGAACUGGUUCAUCUCGACAUCGGAGAAAGUUAAGGCUCCUGGGGAGGGUGAGGCUGGGUCGGUCGUAGCACCGACGGGAAAGGGUAGGAGGGGAAGGGGUGGGAAGGCUGCGGCGGCGAGUAGGAGAGCGAGUGAAUGGACAUGGGAGGAUCAGAUCGCGCCUACGUUGGGGCUUAUUGGGAAGGUGCUGGCUAAGUUGAAGAUUGCAAAAAUCUGGAAGACUACCCCGGAGAAGGAUGCUCUUGUCAGGUGCUUGACAGGACCAGCCUAUCGCGUGGCCGAGAAGGAGGCAUACAUGAAAUCCAUCGAUAUUCGCCUUCCCGUCUACAGAGUCAUCUGCCUCGCCGUCAAAUUCCAUGGUCACAGUUUCGCCGCCCAAGCGUCUAUAAUGCAGGGCCUGCAGUUCUUCGAACAUCUUGCGGAACCAAUGGCGGAGCUAGUGUCCAAAUUGGCGACGGAGUUCGACCAUGCGCAGUUGGGAGACGGGCUGGUGAAAGAGAUCGCGUCGAAGAAUUUCAGUGCUCAGGACUCGAAAGGACCAAGGGUAUUCUCAAAGUUCUUGGUCAAGUACACCGAAGAAGCUCCGAAGUCCGUGUUGAAGCAGCUCAGUCUGCUGAAGGGACAAUUCGAUUCAGAGUCGUACCCCAUGCGCAUAGCUAUGGUCGAAAUUGUCGGUAUCUUCAUCCGCGAGCUCGCUGGCACGAGAGAUACCGUAGACGACCUGGAGCGAGUCGACAAGCAAAUCGUUGAAUUUUUCGACACGCUCAUCACUCGAAGCCUCGAUCUCUCUUCCUACGUCCGCACGAAAGUCUUCGGUGUACUCCACAAGCUCUGUGAUAUAUCGAGCGACAAGGCACCUUGGGUCGCUAUCACCAGAACCGCUCUAGAGUCAUUAGAGGACAAGGUGGCUAGCGUGAGGAAGAGUGCGAUCGCCCUGUUGUCGAGGUUGAUCGAGAGGCAUCCUUAUUGGAGAGUGAUGAGCCAGGCGGAGAUACAGGUUCCUCUCAAGAGGAGCGAAUGGCAGAAGCUCUAUGACGGUUUUGACGCUGAGCACAAGAAGAAGGAGAAGGAGCUAGAGGCAUUGGCUUUGAACGUCCAGGGACAGGCCUCGACGGGUGAGGCCGAUGAGGCAGAGGAGGACGAUAGUAGCUCUUCGACGCCCACGGUAAAGCCCGGCGCUGACGAUGCUAUGGACGUUGACGAGGAGGAGGUAGACGGCGAAGAUGAAGGGCAGGAAGAGGACCCGGAGGGUGACGAAGGCGAAGACGGGACACCGAGGCCUAAGAAGAAGAAAGGGAAGAAGUCCAAAGCUCAACCCGCUGUCAACCUCGCCGCUCUGGGCACAAACGGCGCUAUAUCCGACUUGGACGCUAAGGUGCUCGAGAAGCUAGACAAGACGAGGACCCUCUGCUCCGUAGCCCUCAAAUUCAUAGGUCUCAUCGAGAGAGGCUCCGACAUCGUCGCUAGGUUAUUGGGCUCGACGCACAAGGCGGAGGUCCUGGAGGCCAUGGAAUUCUUCCGAAUUCUGCAUGUCUGGGAGAUUGAGACUGCUGAGGUCGGAAUCAAGAGGAUGCUUCAUCUCAUCUGGGCGAAGGACAACAGUUUGACCUCGGAGGACGGGAAGGAGCUGAAAGGAGUGCGAUCUAGGGUCCUCGAAUGCUACCGUCAGAUAUACUUUGACCCGCUCGCAGACCCCAACAUGUCGGGCAAGCAACAAGUUAACCGAAUCACGAAGAAUAUGAUCGAGUUGACCAAAGACGCUUCACUGGCCGAACUAACCAGUCUGGAGGAGAUGAUGCGCAUCAUGAUGGAGGACGACCAGAUCCACGGUGAUAUAGUGAACAGGCUGUGGCAAGUAUACAGUUCCGAGAAGCCUCUGCCAAAGUUCCAGAGAAGAGGUGCCAUUAUCACUCUUGGAAUGCUAGCGCUCGCCCGACGGAGCGUAGUUACUGAACGUGUCGAGACCUUGAUUAAAGUUGGGCUAGGUCCAAUUGGAAAGGCGGACCUCAUACUCGCUAAGUAUACUUGCGUUGCUCUUCAGCGUAUGAAUGGUAGUGCCAAGAAAGUCAAAGGAUCUCUCCUUGAUAAGAAUGUGCGCUACGAUAUGAACAAUCUCAUCUUCCGCAAACUACAAGACGCCAUCGAACACCCGUGCCAUUCCAUCGACUGGUUCGGUAUGACCGAACAAGCCAUCAAUACCAUCUACGCGCUGGGUGACCACCCUGAUGUUCUCUGCGAUAACCUCAUCAGAAAUCUCACCAGAAGGGCCUUCGCGAGGAACCCCAAUGCUGCAUCCCAGUCGCAACAGUCGAGAGAUGAGGACGCGAUGGACGAGGACGCCCCUGGACCUUCGCAGACAAGCCCGAAUGGGUUCGCAUCGACCCAACCUGAGUCGCAAGCGGGUACUAGUCAUAGCGGAGAUGUUGGCGACGCAUUCCAAUUGGCCCAGAUGAUUUUCGUCGUCGGACACGUUGCUAUCAAGCAUAUCGUCUAUCUGGAGCUGGUAGAGAGGGAGUGGAAGAGGCAGAAAAACGAACGUGAAACAGCGGAGAAGGCCAAAGCUGCCAACGCCUCUAAGAAGGACGGCGAUGAUCUCGAGGCGGUUGUUGGAAAUGCUGAAGACGAGAUUGGCGAUAGGAUCGCUGCUGUGAGGGAGACCGAGUUGCUCUAUGGCCCUGAAUCAUUACUCGCUGUCUACGGUGAUAUGGCCGCUCACAUUGCUGGUAGUGGAAAGUUUGGCAAGAACCGAAUACUUCACACGGCAGCAACUCUGACCCUGAGCAAGUUCCUUUGCAUCAGCUCGCAAUUCUGCGACCAGUACCAUCGCUUGCUUUUCAAGAUCCUGGAACUCUCCGAUGACCCUACUAUUUGUAGCAACGUCGUUAUCGCCCUCGGUGAUGUAGCUGUUUCGUUCAGCACCAUCGUCGACGAGAACAGCAACGAGUUGUACAGAGGUCUUUCCAACAAGAAUCUCAUCGUCAAGAAGAACACGCUGAUGGUCUUGACGCAUCUGAUUUUGAACGGCAUGAUCAAAGUCAAGGGGCAGUUGGGCGAGAUGGCAAAGUGUCUCGAGGAUGACGACCCCAGGAUCGCGGAUCUGGCGAAGUUGUUCUUCACGGAACUAUCGACGAAGGACAAUGCGAUCUACAACAACUUGCCCGAUGUCAUUAGUCAUCUUUCGGUGGGAGAUCAUGCUGUCGACGAAGAAGCAUUCCAGAGUACGAUGAAGUACAUAUUCUCUUUCAUCGAGAAGGAGAAACAAGCGGAGAGUAUCGUCGAGAAGUUAUGCCAACGAUUCCGCUUGUCCGAAGACCCACGGCAGUGGCGUGACAUCGCUUUUUGCCUCUCGCUUCUGCCCUUCAAGUCGGAGCGUUCGGUCAAGAAACUCAUCGAAGGGUUGCAGUUCUAUAGGGACAAGCUACAUGAGGAGACUGUGUACGCCCGGUUCCAGGAGAUUCUCGCGAAGGCACGUGCGAACAAGUCCGCGAACAAACCAGACUCAGAGUUGAACGAGUUUGAGAAUAUCCUUGAAGAACAUAAGCGACAGGGCGAGGAGGAUCAUGAGUUCGAAAAGCGGGUCGCAGGCAAGAAGAAGGCUGCCGCUAAGAAGCGCUCGACGAGGGCUCCUCCAAAAAGGAAAGGAAAGCCUUUGAAACAGGUGCAAGAAGAGGACGAAGAAGACGAGUAGAUGACUAGUCAUACACCGUUCCCGCUUUCUCGUCAACCAUUAUCCCUAUAUACCUUUAUGCAAUCUGCCUGCUGUUCACUCCCCUCUGCUGUCUGUUCUUUCCGUAGUACUUUGGUGUAAUCACUAAUUCGCUGUCUCCAUGUUCCACGUUCCCCUUUCUUUUGCCUCAUUUGUAUGGUUCAAUUACUAUGUAUUGAGUGAUGUAUGUUU